AUGGACCAAUGGUGCAUCUCCAACUCCAGUCCACGCCAACACAUAAAUACAUCGUGGCCUAUAACAUCAUUUCAAAGUGUGCUCUUGAAUAUCAUUCUUUCUCUUUUCAUUGCAAGGGAGAAUGCUAGUACAGAUCUGAGCAUGCAAUGCCGAUUACCAGACGACAAAUACGACCUCUUGGCUGCGCUUGUUCAAAGCUGUCGAAGGUCGGGGAUCUUCUACUACCCUAACAUGCUUCUGCAACACGAUGCCGAUGCACCACUCGCGCUUGUAUAUGUGAGCGUUGAAGAGAUCAAGAGAUUUGGACUAGCCCUCUAUAAGGUGUGCCGGUUGUCCACUCCCACUUCCUUUGAUUUGAGCGGAGAAUUUUCCAAUGGUGGCAGAAACGAUCUUUUGACCCUGGCCGACUUGUCCUUUUGCAUGCCCGACAGUGAUGAGCUGUGGAACGCUCCAUUGGGCGGGGAAUCCGAGGUGUUAAACAAGUCCGAUUCAUCUGCGGUCGGACGGGAUAAUGGAGAUGCGAAAAACUGGAUAUCUCAAGCAUCUGCUCUUCUACACGACGCACGAGUUGGCUUUGAUUGGAUAUAG